AUGGCUGCCACUGCUACCCCCAUCCAGGAGUACAUCGAUAAGCAUGGCCUGCAGAAGAAGGUUGAGGACGUCCUCAACUCCUGCGUGAAGGAGAAGCCCUCCGAUCCCCUGGCAUUCAUGGCCGCGGAGCUGCUCAAGGCGACUCCCCCGGAGAUCACCAAGGUUGUCGGACGUCAGAUCUUCGACUCCCGUGGUAACCCUACCGUGGAGGCCGAGGUGACGACCGGCAAGGGCGUCUUCCGCGCGGCUGUGCCCAGCGGCGCAUCCACCGGCAUCCACGAGGCGGUCGAGCUGCGCGAUGGCGACAAGAGCAAGUACAUGGGCAAGAGCGUGCUCAAGGCGGUCGCCAACGUCAACGACGUCAUCGCCCCCGCCAUCAUCGGCAAGAACCCCACCGACCAGAAGGGCCUGGACGAGCAGAUGAUCGCCCUGGACGGCACCGACAACAAGGGCAAGCUCGGAGCCAACGCCAUCCUGGCCGUGUCCAUGGCCAUCGCCAAGGCCGGCGCCGCCGAGAAGGGCCUGCCCCUGUACAAGUACAUCGCCGAGCUGGCCGGCAGCACCAAGCUGGUGCUGCCCGUGCCGUCCUUCAACGUGAUCAACGGCGGCGAGCACGCGGGCAACGGCCUGGCCAUGCAGGAGUUCAUGAUCCUGCCCGUCGGGUGA